AUGAAUAUGUUGGAUGAUGAAGAUGACCAAAGCUUUCACGCUACGCGUGACGGCUACUCCCAUUUGAGCGAUGUCGAAUGGGAUGCGGUUGAACGAAUGGGUUCGACCAUGGGCAUCCAUGCUGUUAGCGUCAUGCUAGAGGCUCUCAAUAGAGAUGCCCAACAUGCUACUAUCGCCAAGUUCAUUCAAAAUGAACUUGACGCAGAACGCGAGAAAGUAGCCUUGCUUCACCAACAAGGUUCUCAACAAGCAGAGUUGUUGAGAGAACAAGGUGCUCAACAGUUUGAACUGUUGAGACAGCAGCAAGCUGCUGCUGGCGGGUCGAUGCACUCGCGUCGGCCCGAGACUUUGAAGAUUGACAUCUCAAAGGCGCGUCGCAUCGACGACGGGGAUAUGCAAGUUGCAUUUGCCCAAUCAAAUCUGGCAGGACGUGCCAAGACUUGGGCACUGGGGCUCAAGCUGCACGACCCAUAUGCGUUUGGGUCGUUGGAAGUCUUCAAGUCGCGGCUCAGACAAACGUUUGAACCGCCUAGAGCUGAGUUCAGGGCUCGAACCGAACUCUUGAAGCUCAAGCAGGGUAAGCGUGAUGUGCACGCUUACGCUCAACAUAUACGACAUCUCACGAGUUGUAUAAGUUCCAAUCCGGUUGAUGAACACACGUUGGUUUCGGUGUUCGUGCAGGGUCUUGCGGAUGGUCCCGUCAAGACUCAAAUGUUCCGAAUUGAACUGGAUUCACUUGAACAAGCCAUUUCCUUUGCGGAACAGGAAGGCUUUAGUCUGAGACAGGCUCGCGCCAGCUCGACAUUUAUCGUUCACCGAGACGAAAUGACAGCGGAAGUCCAGAGCCGAUGGAACUCUGUUAUGUAG